AUGCACCGAAUCGGCACAGCAGAGCAAGAAGGCACAAAGCCCUUACCCGCUUCCAGACGGCGCGACUCCCAGGCUCAGGUCUAUUCGUCACUACACUACCGCCGCAUGGAUCUCAUGGGUGCCCUAAUCCAGAAGACCGAGCAAUAUAACAAUGCCCUGAGCUCUUACAGCAAAGUUCUCCAAACCCUACCCAAAGCCUCAGGAAAAGACAUCGACGGCUACCGCACCUGGAUGAAAGAAAAACAUCCCAUCGCUUCAGCCGAAACUCGAUUCUUGAACCACGAUGCUGAUCUCGUGUCCCUGACGCCGCGACUAGCUGCAGGAGCCGCUGCGGCCCCUGUCUACGUUGCGAUCAUCAUUGCUUCCGGCGCACUGCUUCUACCGCUAUUGGCAUUUAGCAUGAUUGCCGAGUUUUCGGGCCGUCUUGUCGUUGUGACUGUCGUUGGCGGUGCGGCGGCUGCCAUUGCAGCGAAUUAUUCGGCUGGUAUUGAUACUCUUGUUGAUUCGAGGGAUGGGUGGCGGUGUGCUACUAUAUACUUUGGGUUCAUGACCAUCGCUGCCAUGUUCAUUCCCUGA